AUGUCGGUUCAUUCGUCGAGCCAGCCAUCCAAAUCGUCGCUCUCGCAAAGCAGCUCGGCCUUUGCAGCCUCCAAGAGCACCCACAGUAGCUCGGGGUUGUCUGGAGCCAAGAAGGGCAGCCUUCGCGCGAGAGCCAAAAACCACUCCUGGAAGGAAAAGUACUGGGACUACUGGCUGAAGCAGCCCUUUAUCGACUCCUGCGUCGCUCUCAACAAGGAGGAGGGCAGUAACUUUGUGGCCAUCAUCGUCGUUGGGCUCGAGUUUCUCCAGAUGGCCGCUUACGCGUUCAUCGAUAUCGAAUGGGGCAACUACGGCGACAGCUUUGGCGACUUUUUGGAAUCGCUGCAGUUUGAAUACCUAUUCUCGAGAUUCACGUCGCAGACGUUCGCCAUCAGCUCUCUCGUCGUGGCGUUCCUGUUUGUGGUACUGCUCCUGUUCCUCUCUGUAUAUGUCAUAUUUGCUUUCAAAACAGGCAAAUUCUUCAUCGGAAUCUGGCCCAUUCGUGUUCUGCGGACCUGCGUUUCUAUCCUGCCACGGAUUGUCUAUGUCCCUUUACUGGACAUUCUGCUUCGGACUCAUGUACAAGGCCAAGCGAUGAUACGGAGCUCCAGCUCAAAUAUCCUUGGAUAUGUGUUCAUCGUCCUCACGUGCAUAUCCCUGGUGAUACUGGUCCCAUUUUCGCUUGUGAUGUCACUCAUCUUUCUGAACCCAAAUCCACAAAACAAAUCCAUUCUCGCCAAGCCCAGUGGCAGACUGGAGGUCAUUGAAUCGUUCCUAAAAACCCUUCUUGUGUUUUUGACUGUCCUUUUGGAAGAAUACGCUAUCGUUCGAUGCGCCAUCUUGCUGCUCAACGGCGUCAUCAUAUCGCUUUAUCUCUUCUGCUAUUUACCGUAUUACUCCCGGAUCAUGAACAUUCUCCGGAUGAUCAUGAGCAUGGAAUUUAUCAUCGUCAGUGGCUUUGGCAUGUUCCAGCUCCUACAGUAUGGCCACACUGUCUUUCACGCUACUACAGACUCAUCGGUCACCGGCGCAGACAUUGUGUACUUUGUAUGGCUCUCGGCGACCAUAGUCAGCGCCGUGCUCUGCUAUUUCCCCUUCAGUUGGUACUACGAGCGUCGGACCCACUAUAUUUUGAAAAGGUUUGAAAGCGAUCCCGAAGACCAGAGGAUCGCCAAUAUCAACACCGAUCUGGCCGAGCAAAUCGGCGCGUCCUUGGCCUCGGUCAACUUCUGGAGUCCUUACGAGGUCGAAAUUGCCACGCGAUUUCUCUACGGCCACGCCAAUCCCACACAACUACAGCUCAAGUACGCCGAGCUGGUGUACUGCCGUGGACUUCAACAAUUCUCCGACACAGAUCCGGUGAUGCUGAUUUUCGCAUCCAUAUUCUUUGGGAUCUACAUGAAGGACGUGCGCGCCUGGCGGCUGUAUAUUCAAAAGGCCGAAAAGAUCCCGUGUUCGAUCGACAUCCAGCUGAUGAUUGCCCAGAGUAGCAUGGAGCGAAAGAGACAUACUGUGCAGCAAAGCCAGAUGGCUGGAGAAGAGGUCGAUGUUCUGGACCAGAUCGAUCGCCGAAACAAGCUUCGUGUCGCCAGGCGCUGUACCAGCGAAGCGGUGGACUUGAUUGUCGCCCUGUGGAGAAGCUUGAUGCUUGACAAGCUCGAUUCGGACGGCCUGCAGAAGAUGGCAACUCGAAUCAGCAACAAGGAGAUCAAAGCCCAAAAGAACUUUGAGAAGCUUUUGGACAAGCACUCGCAGGACAUUGAAGUGCUAUACUACUACGCCGACUUUCUAGAGCGAGUGCAGAUGGAGUACGACCGCGUCGACCAAAUCUUCAAGUUUAUAGCGGCUAAGCAGGAGCAGCUCGAAGCCAACAACGACUACGUUAAUAAGGUUCACUCGGAAGACCAGCUCAACACUCAGGUGAAGAAGCCCAAGAAGGUAUUCUUGCCACCGAGGAGAACGAUUACAAAGAAGGAAAUGAGAGCCGUCAAGAAGUUUCGAAGUGAAAUCUUCUCCAUGAAGUCAAGGGGCAUCAGGCUGCUCAAAGUCAUCACCAUCGGGCUGUCCGCUAUACUCAGCGCCAUCGCCUUGGGACAGUUUGUGUGGUUUAAUGUUACAACGGCAAUGCUGUCAAGCUCAAUUUCAGUCAUUGAAGAAAGCGGCUGGAGACGGGAAAUUGCAACUCUAGUUCCGAUAAGACUCCGUCUCAUACAAGAAGCCUAUCUGACUGGCGAUAUUGCAACAGCUCAAUACUACGUCAAUGAAUCCAUGGCCAACUUUACUACGUUCUUCAACACUCAAGAAGCGCUGUUCUUCGGAUCGGACAUGAGCACUCCUUCGUAUUCCUUCUGGCUGACACCCUGGAUCCGUCUCGUGUACUUCAUGAACGGAAAUGUGACCAAUUCCACAUGGAUAAACUACCUCAGUACCUGGGAUGCCUCGAGCGAGUUCUGGCGCAUGGGCCGCGAGGCAGUAGGCAUCUCUGCGAGUUCAUUUCUAUCAUCAGCACACUACUCGAAUCCGUCUUGGAGAUUCGUCAUGAGCAAUUUCCCAUACACCUACGCCAAUGCGUACGACAAAUGCACCACGAUGAUGGUUUCUGACAUGCAAAACGGCGUUCAAACGGUGAUAUUGGCUGAGUGGAUUGCCCUCGGGGCGGUUGGGGCGAUCCUGCUGCUCGUGGGUGUGUUUGUGUUCCGACCGGUUCUCGACACUACCUUUGAGGAGACGGAGCUGUCUCUGCAAGCUGUUUUGACGAUACCCAAGGCCAACAUGGAAUAUUGCUACAGCAAGGCCCUCGAAAUGAAAAACAUGCGCAACGCCUGUAGCUCCGAGCAUGAGGUAGAUCAGCUCUCAGAUGAAGAACUCAGUGGUGACGAUGCCGACGACAAGGGCAACGAAUCGUCUUCAAAAGUGACUGAAGCCCGGAGAGUGGUUUAUAUCAAGCUCACAUGUCUCUACGCGGCGUCGUUAGUGCUUACGUUCAUCGCCCUAACGAUUUACGUCGUUGUGACUGCGCUUGGCUCAAUGAGCGUUCGAGAAGCUGGAAAUCGCGUCAACGUCGGCAUGGCCAUUCGAUACAUCAGUUAUCGAGUGGCAUUUUUUGUCAACGAGCUUCAACUCAACGACUUUUACCUGUAUCCCCGACAAAGCAUACUACAAGGAUACAUACAAAAUGAUCUGGCCACUUUCAACCAAAUGCAGUUUGCCCUCUUGUUUGGCGACCCGAAUCUUGGGAUCAGUCAAGGAAGGCUUCCCCAAGCUGUUGGCGAUGUCAUGUUCACUCCAACCUACACGAUUAGCAGUGUCAACGGCGGAUACGAAAACGCCUCCGUGGACGAAAUGGUCAAUAUAGUACUGAACGAAGUCACUAUACUUCAGGAAACGGUUAUGGUGGGACCAAACAACCCGUCGGCUCAGCGAGUCGUCGAGCUCGUUCCGAACAUUGUUGAUGGAUUCAUGCAUCAAGUCAGCGUUACCCAGGCACUUUUUGAACAAAGCAUCACCGACCUACAAAGACAGUCCACCAUACUGUGCUGCAUGGUGAUUUUCUUCCUCAUCGUCAACUACUACUACAGCUUUCGGAAACUCCAAAAGAUCGCCGAGGAGGGCGAGGCCAAGUGCCGGCGGUUGCUGCUCAUGAUUCCGCCAACCUCCGCGACACGCAAUCGAGCAUUGCAGACGUUGCUUUUGGGCAAAUCCAAGGUCGAUGCGUAUUUCAUGGACCUCAACCGUUUGGACGACGCACAGAAUCCCGGCGAGUGUCGCUCAGGAGCACUUCCGCCAACCCUGAUCACACCUGAACAACCAAAAGUCCAGUCGGAGCCAAAUAAUGCUCAGGUUAUGACGUGGGUAAACCGGAUACGCGGAUCAGUCGCUGGAGUCACAGGCUGGAGGAGAAAGAGUAACUUUACCGGCACAAGUGCGUCCGCAAACUCCAGUCAUCCCGAAACUGCUGUCAGAACCAGUUCUUCUGCUCUGGACCAAGAACCAAACCAAUCUCUCAAACUCGCUAUCGCCAAUGACGAUGAGGAGCCGGAGCUGCGGGCAGAACCAAGGACUGAACCGCCAACCAACCCCAAUGCCAGCAGACGCAGCGUUAUAAUGAAGUCUUACCAAGCUGAAAGCGCGGGGGUAUCAAAGGGAUCGCCCGGAGACUCGCUGCGGGGGUCGCUUCGCACCUCUAUACGGGACUCGGCAAGAGAUUCCGAUUCAGUUCUGGGUCGCGAUUCGGUGAUUCGGGCAGCGAGUGCUGUGUGGUUGAAGAAGCUCCGUAACUCUGUCACUCUCCGAAGCCCACGGCCGCCUGCCGAGGAGCCAGAAGCUAAUCGCAACCCGUUUGAGGAUGAACUUGAGCAAACUGCAGAAUAUGCUGAGAGGCUGUCCCGUAUGUCCCAGGCCGGCAGUCGGCCAAACGAAGCGGUUCUCCAAAUCCUCCAGCCGAUCGAACAAGAGUCUCGGUCUCACUCCGAUACCCAGAUCAGCGAGGAAUCGCUGCAGGGCUUGCACAAUGACUCCCAAUGUCUCUCCCCGGGCUCACAUCGCUCACCGUCACCGGCAACAUCCAGCGCAUCCGCAUCCGCACCGAGCCUGAUCAAAUAUGACGCUGUGCUCACGGCAGCUGAUGCUCACGAUAAUCAAGCCGAAGCCGAUCCCAACGAUAUGCACGAUUUUGAGGAGAAAUCUCACCCAAAUGAGCCCUUUGGAAACCAGUACCAGUUCCCCCGCGUUCGUUCCAUGGAGAUGCUUGGAGCGCCGAAGCCUGACGUGGAACAAACGAGAAACAGCGAAGUCGUGUCGAGCCCAACGCACCACCACCCGCCAACCUCUGUGAAGUUGCCUGGAAAGUCAGCGCUGAAAAAUAGGAGCGUGACCAGCUCGACGUUCAUGUCGAGGGAUGUCACAUCGUCUGAUCUGAAAAUUGCCAAGGAAGGAAGCAGCCGCGUCAAGUUUGAUUUCAAGCCGAGCGAGACCACCGAGUGAAUUGACAUCAAACAAAAUCCACUCUCAAUCAUAUGGAGCCUCGCCACGGAGAUACAGUGUUUUCAAAAAUGCAGCCAGACAUCCCCCCUAUUGUGUGGAAAUAUAGAUUCGCCCA